UCACGCUGGUUAUCAUGUGACUCGUUCAUGUAAACAUGGCGUCCAAGCCAAACAAGACGUUUGCUCUGGGAAGAUUUAUAGCUGUGUUAUUGUGUUUUACGUGUGCGUGUGUUCGAGCUGAAAUACGAACCGCUGUUAUUGACAAACACACCGGACAGCUGUCUGUUCUUGAGGGAUAUCGAGAAGAUUUUGUGGCCUGGGCGAACUUCACUGACGACAUUACCACAUCGGGCUGGUCUUUCUUGGAGAUCACUACCAGCAGUCGGUACAAUGACAGUAUUCAGGCGUAUGCAGCCGGUGCAGUGGAGGCUGCAGUCACAGCUCAGCUCAUCUAUAAGCACUGGAUGAACACUCUUCUUGGCUACUGUGGGCCCUUCACAUCUGCAUCAGGUUACUGUGAGCACCUUAAGGCUUUCAUCACAACCAAUUUACAGUGGGUUCAGGAGCAAAUGGAGAAGCAGCCCAGUUCACCCUACUGGUACCAGGUGCGUCUGGCGCUGCUGCAGCUGAAAGGUCUGGAGGACGGCUAUAAUGAGGACCUGUCGUUUCCAACAGGGUCUUUCUACCUCAACCCGUUUGGCUUUCUACUUUUCCAAAUGGGCGGAGAUCUGGAGGACUUGGAAUCUGCUCUGAACAAAUCCAGCCAAACCAGACCUCUUGGAUCUGGCUCCUGUUCUGCUCUCAUUAAGCUGCUGCCAAACAAUAAGGAGCUGCUGGUGUCACAUGACACCUGGAACACCUACCAGGCCAUGCUGCGCAUCAUAAAGAAAUACAUGUUUGCCUUUAGAGUUUCUCCUUCAGAAGAGAGUUUCCUUCCCGGAGGAACUCAGGCUUUCUCUUCUUAUCCCGGAUCCAUCUUCUCUGGAGAUGACUUCUAUAUCCUCAGUAGUGGCCUGGUUACCUUGGAAACCACUAUUGGCAACAGUAACCCUGCUCUCUGGAAGUUUGUUCAGCCCACAGGAGCCGUCAUGGAGUGGUUGAGGAACAUUGUGGCCAAUCGACUGGCUGCUACUGCCAAAGAGUGGGCCGAGAUAUUCAGCCAGUACAACAGUGGAACGUAUAACAACCAGUGGAUGAUUGUGGACUACAACCACUUCACUCCAGGACGGACUGACAUUAAAGAGGAGCUCUUUGUUGUACUGGAGCAGAUUCCGGGACAAGUUGUCUACUCUGAUAAAACUCAGGAACUGCUGGAGAAAGGGUACUGGGCAAGUUACAACAUACCGUACUACGUAGACAUAUUCAAUGCCAGUGGCUGCAAUGAGCUGGUUGAGAAGUUUGGCCCGUGGUUCUCUCUGGACGAUAAUCCUCGGGCUCAGAUAUUCAGGAGAAACCAGACAGCUGUCAAAGAUAUGGACUCAAUGGUCCGCCUUAUGAGGUAUAAUAACUUUAAGGAAGACCCAUUAUCAAAGUGUGACGGCUGUAAUCCACCUGCGAAUGGAGAGAACGCCAUCUCAGCCCGUUCAGACCUGAACCCAGCUAAUGGGACAUAUCCGUUUGGCGCCUUAAGGCAGAGGUUACAUGGAGGAACAGACAUGAAGAUGACCUCCUUCGGAAUGUUUCGGGACUACGGUAUGCUGGCAGUGAGCGGGCCAACAUGGGACCAGGUGCCACCCUUCCAGUGGAGCACAUCACCUUACAAGGACCUGAUGCACAUGGGUCACCCUGAUACAUGGGCAUUCAAGCCUAUAAAAGUCACCUGGACUCCUUAACUGUUACGCUGUCUAUACAAGUAGCAUGAUCAAUGUAAAUACUUCCAGAUGUUUGAGGUUAUGAUAAAGGGAAAUGAUACUUUGACUCCAUGAGGCAUGCAUUUUAUGAACGGCUAGGGUUGCCCUCUGCGUCGACUCAUCAGGCAUUUUGUCGUUGCUUGUUUGAUUUUAAGUGGAGAAACACGGUUUUACAGAUCUGUUGAUUAAAUGAACAAAUAGAUUGGUCGACUAAGGAUUUCUUUGGUCCAGGACAACCAUAAAAUAUAAAUAUUAUUGAUUCUCAAGAGUGGCAAUUCAGGAUGUAUUAAAAGGACACUAUUUGCACGAAUAAAGCUUAAGAGAGCUUUGAAUGUAAGGUAUUAUGACAAUCCACUUCACAACCUUGCUGUUGUAACGUGGAACUUCUCCAAUAUGUCAUGUAUUUGAUUUGAAAAAUGUUUCUACAAGACUACAUCUUUCUUUGAAGAAAUCACUAACUAGGCAAAUGUUUUGAUCAGAAUUUAAACCAUUUUUUAAAUAAUUGUGAUAUGCACUGAUUUUCUCAAUAAAUUGCUCAAAUCGUUGCCUUUGCAAAAA